AGAGCCCCCCCAUCAAGACGCAAACAAACCUCCACCAACCAAAUUCUAUUACCCCACACUUUCACCCCGCUUCCCCUUCCCCUCCUUCCAUUGCCCGCCCUGGCAUCGGUUAAAAGGCUCCUACUUUCCUUGCUUCUCUUUCUCCUCGUUUGCUUCACCCUGGCUCCUGUCAAUCGACUCGCCGCAAUCCUACGAUUAUUCCCUAAACAGCACAGAAUCCCAAAACCCUCCACGAGGCCACUCACUACUACCAGUAUGACCACCGGGUACCCGAAGCCUCCGCCGGCUCCAGAGUUUACCCAUACCCCAGAAUCGGUUAUCGAGGUGACCAACAGGCUCAUCGCUACAUCUCGACAGCUUCAGGAUAAUAUUGCCAAGGACGUUACACCGGAGACUGCCAACUUUCAGAAUGUUCUCAAACCACUCGCCGAGGAUGAGAACGAGAUGGGGCUUGACACUGCCAUUCUAGGCUUUUAUCAGUAUGUUAGUACUAAUAAAGGGUUGAGGGAUGCCAGUAGCGAGGCGGAGAGAUUACUCGACGAUUUCGGAAUCGAAUCUUCCAUGAGAGAGGAUAUUUACAAAUUAGUUUCGGCCAUCAACAAGUCACCACAGUCGAAAGCUGUUGAUGUUGACGCAGAAUCUUCUCGUUUUCUCGAAAAGGUUUACGAAAGUUAUGUUAGAAACGGCCUUGGACUAGCCGAGAAGGAGAGGGCUCGGUUCAAAGAGAUUAAGAAGGAAUUGUCUAUUCUGGGAAUCGAUUUCUCCAAGCGUCUGAAUGAAGAGAAUGGCGGUAUUUGGUUUACUCCCGAGGAGCUUGCAGGUGUUCCAGAGGAUGUCUUAUCUGGGCUCUCCAAGGGCGAACCCAACACGGACAACAAGGGAAAGCUACGCCUGACCUUCAAGUACCCUGAUCUAUUUCCCACUAUGAAGUACGCCAUCAACACCGAGACAAGGAAGAAGGUAUUUCUCGGUAAUGAAAACAAGUGCAAUGAGAACAGCAAGUUGUUCAAGAAGGCCAUUGAGCUUAGAGAUGAGAAGGCUAGGCUAUUGGGAUUUAAGAACCAUGCCGAGUUUAUUUUGCAACCGAAGAUGGCCAAAAAUCCUGAAAGGGUUCUUGCUUUUCUGACAGACUUGAGAAAGAAAUUGGCACCUGGUGGAGAAAAGGAGAAGAGUCGCUUGAAGCAGUUGAAGGCGGCAGAUACCAAGGACAAGAAAAUCACAAAUGAUGGUCAUUACUACUUGUGGGAUCAUAGAUACUAUGAUCGUCUACUUCUCGAGAAGGAAUACAAGCUUGACGCACAAAAGAUUGCCGAAUACUUCCCUCUCGACCAUACCAUCCAAGGAAUGAUGAAGAUCUUUGAGUUGCUCUUUGGGUUGGAGUUUGUGGAGGUUACUGAUGAGACAAAGAAUACUUGGCACGAGGACUGCAAGCAAUUCCGUGUUUAUAACGAGAAGCCAAAGGACGGCAGUGAGCAAACGUUUGUUGGGUGGUUGUAUCUGGACCUUCACCCCCGUGAAGGGAAGUACGGCCAUGCUGCUAAUUUUAAUCUUCAACCGGGAUUUACCGGGAAGAAGGGAGAACGUCACUAUCCGGCAACAGCUCUUGUGUGCAACUUUUCCAAGCCCACUGCAACCAAGCCAUCGCUAUUAAAACAUGAGGAAGUGGUUACUCUAUUCCACGAACUUGGUCACGGUAUCCAUGACCUCGUGUCCAUCACAUAUUACUCUCGCUUCCAUGGCACCAACGUCGUCCGUGACUUUGUUGAAGCUCCUUCCCAAAUGCUGGAGAACUGGUGCUGGACCCAAUCCGAACUCACUUCACUAUCAUCUCACUAUAAGACUGGAGAGAAGAUUCCACAGGACAUGGUCAAGACAAUUAUUAACACCAAGCACGUGAAUGAUGCGCUGUUCAAUCUUAGACAGUUGCAUUUUGCAUUCUUCGAUAUGGAGAUGCACUCUUAUAAGAAUCACGGUGACGCGGUCAAGGCUGAGCCUUCGGUGCGAUACAACAGGCUGAGAACUGAGAUCGCGCUUUUAGACCCACCAAAUGGUGUUGGAGAUGAUUUCGGCCACGGAGAAGCCACCUUCGGCCAUCUUAUGGGCGGUUACGACGCUGGAUACUAUGGUUACCUCUGGUCACAGGUCUUCUCCACAGACAUGUUCUAUACCGCGUUCAAGAAGGCGCCCAUGGACGGCGAGCAAGGAAGGCGGUACAGGCACACUGUGUUGGAGAAGGGUGGGAGCCGCGAUGAGAUGGAGACUUUGAAGGAAUUCUUGGGCAGAGAGCCUAACAGUGAUGCUUUCUUUGAGGAUCUGGGAUUGAAGAAGUAAUUGGUUGUGGGUGCGCAUAAUGGGGGUCACAAUGAGUUUGAGAUUUGAUACAUAUUGGCCACAGGUGUAUUGGUUUUGCAAAGGGUGUUCUUGUGCGAAAGUACUCCAAAACGGAGCAAUCAGUUUUUUCUA